CGGGCGCGGAGCGGGGCGCCAGGGCGGGCCCGGCGGAGGUGCGGGGGUGCGCCCGCCAGGCCGCCGGGUGGGCUGGGCGCCCCGAGAGACAAGAUGGUUAGCAGGGCGUGAACUCGAGACACCGUAGUUUCCCAUCCUGACGUGUGUGCAGCGGUGCAAAGUUAGUGCCGAGGAAGGACUUUCGAGAUGGUCGGCUCCCAUUCCUUCGUUUUCCGGGGGAGGAGGACGCAGACCCCGAGGAGGAACGCGGCGGCCGGAAAUUCGCCGAGCUAGGCUUCACGCUCCUUGGUCCUCUGAGGAAAAUGGCAGACACAUCCUCAGAGCCUUCUGGGCAGCUGGUCGUCCACUCAGACACGCACAGUGACACUGUUCUGGCCAGUUUGGAGGAUCAGCGGAAGAAAGGCUUUCUCUGUGACAUCACUUUGAUCGUGGAGAAUGUGCAUUUCCGGGCUCACAAAGCCUUACUCGCUGCCAGUAGCGAAUACUUCUCAAUGAUGUUUGCCGAGGAGGGGGAGAUCGGCCAGUCCAUUUAUAUGCUGGAAGGCAUGGUUGCCGACACCUUCGGUGUCCUGCUGGAGUUUAUCUACACGGGUUGUCUCCAGGCCAGUGAGAAAAGUACAGAACAAAUCCUGGCCACCGCUCAGUUCUUAAAAGUCUAUGACCUGGUAAAGGCUUACACAGAUUUCCAGAAUAAUCACAGCUCCCCGAAGCCAUCGACUCUGAACACCGGCAGCACUCCAGUGGUGGUUAUUUCUAAUAAGAAGAACGACCCCCCAAAACGGAAACGGGGAAGACCGAGAAAAGUCAACAGUUUGCAGGAGGGGAAAUCACAGCUGGCUGCAGAGGAAGAAAUACAGCUGAGGGUAAACAACUCCGUUCAAAAUAGGCAUAACUUUGUGGUCAAAGAGGGAGAGAGUGGCUUGCUGAAUGACCAGAUUCCAGCAAAAGAAAUGGAGGAUUCUGAGUCGGCCUGUGAGCCAGGUAGAGGGGAGGAAAUGCCUGCUGAGAAAGAUGAGAACUGUGACCCCAAGACCCAGGAUGGGCAGGAUAGCCAGAGUCGGUACAGCAAGCGGAGGAUCAGGAGGUCCGUCAAACUUAAAGAUUACAAACUUGUCGGGGAUGAAGACGAGCAGGGUUCAGCCAAAAGGGUCUGUGGAAGGAGAAAGCGCCCCGGUGGCCCCGAGGCCUGCUGUAAGGACUGUGGCAAAGUGUUUAAGUAUAAUCACUUUUUGGCAAUCCACCAGAGGAGCCACACGGGGGAGCGACCUUUCAAAUGUAAUGAGUGUGGAAAAGGCUUUGCCCAGAAGCACUCCCUGCAGGUCCACACCCGGAUGCACACAGGCGAGCGGCCCUACACCUGCACCGUGUGCAGCAAGGCUCUCACCACCAAGCACUCGCUGCUGGAGCACAUGAGCCUGCAUUCAGGACAGAAGUCUUUCACCUGUGAUCAGUGUGGAAAAUAUUUUAGCCAGAAAAGACAACUGAAGAGCCAUUACCGAGUCCAUACAGGCCACUCAUUACCGGAAUGCAACCACUGCCAUCGCAAAUUCAUGGAUGUGUCUCAGCUAAAGAAACAUCUGCGAACACACACAGGUUCUGUGAAAGUUAACUCAGCCGUUGAACACCCAUUCACGGCACCGCUCCUGGGUCCCGAGGACACAGCGGCGAGUGGGGUGGCCAGAGCCCCUGCUGCUGAGGGCUGCUGUCUGACCAGGGAGGGCAGAGAACACAUGGCUGCCUGGCAGGUGAGAAGCCAUUUACCUGUGAAAUCUGUGGCAAAUCUUUCACAGCAAAGAGUUCCCUUCAGACCCACAUCAGAAUCCAUAGAGGAGAAAAGCCAUACUCCUGUGGCAUAUGUGGCAAAUCCUUCUCUGACUCCAGUGCCAAGAGGAGACACUGCAUCCUGCAUACGGGCAAAAAGCCUUUCUCGUGCCCUGAGUGUAACUUACAGUUUGCUCGCUUAGACAACUUGAAGGCUCACCUGAAAAUCCACAGCAAAGAAAAACCGGCCUCAGAUGCCAGCAGCGUUUCUGGCAGUAAUAAUACCGAAGAGGUCAGGAAUAUUCUUCAGCUGCAACCGUAUCAGCUCUCUGCAUCUGGAGAGCAGGAAAUUCAGCUUCUGGUGACCAACUCCGUGCAUAACCUCAACUUCAUGCCCGGCGCUAGCCAGGGAAUUAGCAUCGUCACUGCAGAAAGCUCUCAGAACAUGACCCCGGACCAGGCUGCGAAUCUCACCCUGCUUGCGCAGCAGCCGGAACACCUGCAGAAUUUAAUCCUUUCGGCCCAACAGGAGCAAUCAGAGCAUAUGCAGGGCCUCAACAUGAUUGAAAGCCCGAUGGAACCCUCGCAGAGCGAGCCCGUGCACGUCAUCACUCUGUCCAAGGAAACCCUGGAACAUCUUCACGCCCAUCAAGAGCCAACAGGGGAGCUCGGCUUAGCGAGCGCUUCAGACCCGGCUCAGCACCUGCAGCUGACACCAGAGCCUGCUGCGCCGCCACCCACACCGCUGAGCCAGGAGCAGAGCUGACCUGUGUGCACGUGUCACCUGUGGGGCCCUUCCCCGCCGGCUGCCUCUGACCGUGUGCUGGAAGGCAGGCUUUCUGUGACGCUCACAUCCAGAGCCUUCCACACCCCAGCUAGCUCACGGUUCUGUGCUUUCCACCUGGGCAACAAGGUGUGUGAUUUGUGUCGUGUAGGGCGUCCUGAUUGGAUUUAGCAUUCAGUAUCGAUGAAUGGUUUUCAUUUUCCUCUACUACGUCCCUUAAAGUCUUGGGUCCUUUCUGUUUGGAGGCAUUGAAUUAGACUUCUCGAAGUCUCCAAUGCUCGAGGCCGCAGGCUCUGGUCUUGCAGACUUUGCUAUUUAUAUUUUUUUAGAACAAAGGAAGUCGUACGUUGGUUGAAUUGGGUAGAAUGGUUUGUUCUACUUCUUUUUUUCUGUUCGGCAGCAUGAUUGCUUCUACAGAUAAGUCAGGGCUGAAUAUGACAGAUGACGAUCUUGGAGAAUCUGUCCUUUUUUAAUAUCUGCUAAUCCCCUAAGAGUAACUGUCAACAUUUAAUCUCUCUGGUACAGUGGGCUGCUUGUGUCAUGCUUGAGAUAGAUUCAAAGACAUAAACUGAAAGUCUGUUUUAACUCAAAAUGAAUAUCACAAGGAAGUCAAAAAAGUACAAGGUUAUUUUAAAAAUUCUGAACUCUUCUGAGAAACAUGGAUUUACAUAUUUUUUGGAUUUACAUAUUUUUUUAAAAGCAGGUUACUGAAAAUUUAAAAGUCUAAUUAAAGUGUGAAAUUGGAUCAAGAGACAUUCAACCCAUAAAUUCUGAAUUUUUGUCAGCAGUGAUACUUGUUCUUCCUCAUGAAGUUAAACUAUCUCAGUUACCCUGGAAUAUAAAAUUUUAUUCAGUGUAAUUUAAGUGUCAAAUAUACUCUACUGAAUUCUAAUUGAUCCUGAAAAUGA